AUGGCAAACGACAAGAGAGCCAAGUUCCACACCUCCGGUGGUCCCAGGUGCCGCCCCUGCCUUGGCAAAGGUUUUGCACGAGCCUUGCUGCAGAGCGUCGCCGUGAAGAAAGAGGCAACGGAAUCCAGGGACCACGGAUCCCUUGGAUUGGGCGCCGGCAACGUAGCCGGGCGGCCUUUUAAGGAGCAGCCACACGUGGUGACCGAGAGUCAGGAGCUGUGCUUCUUGUGGAAGCCGAAAGGCCGCGAGUUGGGCUGA